AUGGAAAGCUCCUUUAAUACCCCCUCGAACCGCUUCGUCUUGGUGUCCCUGAGGAGUACGCUAAACAGACAUAAUAUAAACUUCGUAGAAGAGGAAAAUACGUACAAUUCGGAAAUAUUAAAGAAGCACUUGAAAGAUUUGAAACAGUUGAAGGAAGACAUAAUAAGAAAGAGGAACCAGUCCAAGCAGGCCAUCCGAAAUCACCUUGAAUCCUUCUUUAUCAGUGAUGGGGACAGAAGUUGCAAUUUCGACGUCUUCUAUGAUAAGUGCUUGAAUAUCCUUACGAGGUACUUAUACGCAUAUAAAGAAAUAAACGAUAUUUUGUUAGGAAAAAAUGUGGAUGACGGCAGAAAGGUAGGUAGCCCUGGAAAGGGUAAUAAAUCGCCUGGUAAAAGAAGUAGGGGAAGCAAGAGCAGCGUGAAGAGUGAGGAGCAACAAAACGGAGAAGACAGCAACAGCUUGUUGUACGAUUUGAUAAAUAAAAAGUUGCUCAUUUAUAGAAAUAAAUUUUUGUUUGACUAUGAUGACGAUAGUGAGAUUUACACGUCCAGUGAAGAGGAAAUCCUCAUCGAGGGGAGGCCCCUAAAGAAGAAAAACAAACGUGACAGGGCUUCCAAGAGCUACAGCAGUGUGGAUAACACGAAUGAGAAUGACCCCUCCGCCAGGGCGGAAAUGAGAGAGACCCAGGAGGCGAGCUGCAGGUGGGACAAAAGGGAAAGAAAAGGGAAAGUUGUGAGAAAAUGCGAAAAAAGAAAAAUCCACCUACUUAACAGGUACCCCACCUAUCUGAGAGACCUGAUCCAAAUUGUAAAGAUUGCCAAAAAUAGAGAAAAAAAAAAUUUGCAGAUUAGUUUUUUAAACAAAUAUGGAGAUGAUGUAGAUAGAAACAAAAUGAAUAUUCUAUUUAAUAAACUUUACUUUUGGAUGUGCUACAUGAACAACAAAACUUACAUCGAGAAGAAGAAAAAAAGAAUGCUCUAUAGAAUUGUGAGACAUAACAUGUUGAAGCAUUUUUAUAAAAACCAUGACAUUUUUUUGGAAAAAUUAAUUAAGAAAAAAAAUGCAUACAACAAUUUAAGCGUCGAAAAUGUGAAAAAGUUAUUUCUCUCUCAUGAAUGUAGUGGGAAUUCUUCCUCAGGAAAGUCGACCAAAGAGUGUAAAGUGUGCAAAGAAAAAAUGAAGAUGCUAUUUUAUGUAACCAUUUAUGACAACUUGAAUUAUUCAUCCCUUUUCGAUAAUCUUAAUGUGAUGGCCUUCAAGGAGAGGAAUCUUCUGACAAAUCUUCUUGUCAACAAAAAGGAGAAAAGAAAAACAAUCAAUGUGAAUUAUGAUAUUUCUUUUCAUGCAGAUAAACACAUUUACAUUUUAUCAAAAAAUGACAUUUUCUGUGAUGUGCUUCAUGAAAAUUAUUUGAAGAAUAACUUUAACGAUUUAUUGCAGAGGAUUAAGGAUGGGAGUAAAGGGUACAAUUUACUGUAUAUCAUUUUUAACAAAUAUAAGCACAGAAGUUUUUUAAAUUUAAAAAAGAUUAAAAAAUAUUUUGAUGGACGUAAUAGCAGCACUUCAAGUAGAACGGGGAAUGGCAGCAUAAACAGUAUGAGUUACAAAGGGGACUGCCUUUCCCUGAGAGAUUCUUACUAUGAUAUAUUAAAAAGUAACAUUAUUAAGGAUGAAAACAAUUCGAGCAUUUUUUUCGAUAAGCUUUUUCACUCUUUCCACAACGUGUUGUAUGGGCGUAUGUACAAUACGCCGAGUAGGAAGAAUCCCUGGGCGUCCAAGAGAAAAGACAUAGAACUUCUCAACGUAGAUGGUCAGAAUUCAGAUUCUGACGACUUCAUGUUAAUCGAUUCGGCCGACGGGUUUGUUAAAGAACCUUCUCAUAAAAGUACCACAAAUUUCAUGAUGCAGGUUAAGCAUAAAAAAGUGCAACAAAGCUCCAUGAAGGAACUUCAGCAAAAGUAUGUGAAUGUGAAGCGUAUGAAAGAUAUUGAUGAUCGAUAUAUAGAGGAUGGCGCUUGGCAGAAUAACACCCACUCCAGUUACCACUACAUGGAGUGCGUUAACAAGAAGGGCGGUUUUUCUCAUUAUAAGCGCUCAGCCCAGGGAGACGAAGAGUGCAACGGUUUGGGAGCAUUCGAGAGGUACUUAAACAAAAUAAACGAAGAAGUGGCCAUCGUCGUAAAUAGCGAUGACAGUGAUGAUGAUAUUCUGUGUAGUCACGGAAAGGAAAAAAUGCUCUUGAACUAUUUGAAGGGGAAAACGCAUCGAAGCGGAACAGAAAUUGGAUACAAGAAUGAAAGCAUAACGCUGGAAAGGAGUAAAGUGGGGGAUCUAAAGAAAAACACAAUUCUGCACCCUCUCAUUAACUCCAAGUGCAUAGGAUUUAAAAUAAAUGUUAAUGACAUUGCAAAUAGGAACCUAGACGUGUACUGCAUCAACAAUGAGGAGUAUGUAAAGGCAUACAAAAAUACCAUCAGUUAUUUAAAGAAUCAGAUAACUCCAGAGAUGAAAAAAAACUACACAGAAUUUCAAAACAUUAGGAAUAAAAUUAUGAAAAAGGAGAUGAAGGUAAACGCCGUCAAUGAUUUGUUAAGUAACAAAGGCUUGGGAAAGAACCCACCGUGCUACAUAAAUAGCGGUCAAACAGACGGCACGGGGGCGAAGAAAAACAACACUGUUACCGAAUACAUUGUUGUGAUUGAAGAAAACGUGCAAGAGGAGAGAUACAAAAUUGAUAUUUACAACCACGCAGAGUUAACUGCCUACAUUGUAAAUUCGAAGGAAGAGAAAAAAAGAGAAUUCUACUGGAACUUCAUCAGGAACGAAAUAUAUUCCCACAAGUGGAUGAACAAAUUGCAGUUCAAAAUUCAAAACUAUAGCAACAUGUACCUUAACAGCUUUUUUAAAAAAAACCAUCUGAGAUCAAUAAAGGAGUAUCUCUACGGAUUAAUAAUAAACUUGUAUUAUCAAAAUAUCUAUGAUUCCUCUCUGAAUAUCCAGCUAAGUAAGCACUAUGGGCAUUACGACCCAACCAAGGAGUAUGUGCUGAAAAAUAUACACCAAAAUUUGAACGACCUUUACCAAAAUGUGAUUAAGUGCAUCCAAAGCGAUAUACUAAGUAGGACGUGCUUUAUGGAUAUGAGCAGAAUAACAGGGGAGAAAGUAAAAUGCAGAAUUAAUGACUACUUGAUGAAUUACCGUUGGCUGGAAUGUCAGCCAGAUGAUGAAGCGAAGGAAUCGUUCCCAGGGGAAAGAAAAAAAAAUAUAGACGAUAUGAUUUGCAAAUACAGAACAGUUCUGUUGUACUAUUUGCUGUACAUCUAUCCCAAAUUUUUGCACAUACUAAAUAUUAUUCAAAUUAAGAAUUUCAAAGAACAAAUAAAAAAUACCCUGCCUGAGAAGGAUGAUCAGCAUGUACAGGACGCUCAGAAGGAUUUUACUUCCCAAAAAAAAAUGCUCAAAAAGGCCAAGAACAACCAUGCUGAUGUGCUGAAGAAAGAAGAAGGGAACGAAAAUCCCAUCGAUUUCUAUCUCCCAGUUUAUGUAAAAAAUGAAAAAAAUAUUUUAAGUGCGUUUGAUUUAUCAAAUAUUUUGCUAGCCAAUUUUAACGAUAAUUUUGAAAAGACCCUCUUCCAGAAUGUGUUGAGCGGAAUGACCAAAAUGGAAAGCGUGAAAGAUGAAAUGCAUCCUGCUUGCUUAAAAACCAUGGAGCACUUUGUAAAAAACACAUCCUACUCUAUUAGAAAAAGAUUAACCAAUUCCCAGUUGGCUAUGAUGUUUGCCGUCUUGAAUGCCUACCUCUGCUUUGCCACAGUACAGCAUUCCUUAUACUUCAAUGCAGAAAAGUUGGGAAAAUUCCUCCUUCACAAAAAUAGCAAAAUAGAAAUCGAACGAUACGGCAAGUUGACUGCCCAGGGGAAGAGCUAUUUCCCCAUAGAUUUUCGGCAGCGGUUUUUGGAGACCUUCCUGCUGAAGAAGGACCAGAGUUUUAUCGCGUCAGACAAACUCAAGUGCAAGCUGAUGAUUUACAUCCUGCUCAUCCAGCUCUGCCUUAUGGACAACGCAUUGCCAGUGCAACUCACGCUCAUUAAUAGGAACACCGCCGCUCUGCUCACCAGGCUCAACUUCUCCAUCGUCAACAAAUCCCAUGUGACGUUCAACUUGAACGCGUAG